CUUCGAAGUAUCGCGCGUAUCUCGUCAGUGCGCGCCAACCGCGACGAUUAACGGCGACCGGCGACCCGACACUGGUCAGGACUCCAUACUGCCUCAGCCGCGCUUGUUACAGUCUUUGUUCGUCCCAAAGGGGUUGUAUGGACUCACGAUCCAUGUCAGUAUCCGACUCCCACGGUGAUUGUCGACGCGAUGUCGACAUCGUCUCAACGCGCGCCACCCUCCCAUCGCUCGCCAAGGUGUUGGAACUUAAGGACUGCUACGACCUUCGGAGAAAGCUGCAGGGAUCAGCCAAUCCUAUGGAAUGACAGGCUGCCUACCACCACCAAACGACGGAGAGUUCAUCCCGCCAAACCCAGCCAUUGCGCAAUCGCCUGUACCGCCACCUACAACGAGUUGCACAUCUAGGACAAGUGGCGGCAAGAUGACCGCCUCGAUACGCGUACCCCAGCACUCAGGCGCUCACGAAGUACGCAAGACAUCCAAUGUGCCCGCUGCCGAUGGGAGCUUUGGCGUCGCGCCAAGCGUAAUCGGCGACGAGAUUCAGAGCGCCGUUGACGAGUUGAGCACCCUCAUACACAAGGCCAGGUCGUACUCUGGCCCUGGCCCAUCGAGGCGAACGAGAAGUCGGUCGAACGGUUACUCCAAGAUCUGUAGAAUUGAAAAAAAAGCAGUCUUCGUCCGAAUAGUCCAUCCAGUCUACAUCCUCGCCCUUCUCGUACUUGCCUUCGUUGCAUUCCAUCCUUCACCUCUUGCACUAUACCAUCAUACUAUCAUGCAUCGUCUUCGUCCUCUCAUUCUUGCACCUCCACGUAGUUAGCUGCGAGACAGUCAGCUACCUGUCUCUAACCACAACUUCACGAAACUCACCCGGGAACAGCCCCACGUUACCCGCCGCGUCCUUACCCUGCCACCAGUCAUCCGACGCAGCCUCAAUCUCCACAAUCUUGUCUCCCUCUCGGAAGGUGAGCUCGUUGUCCUCCGCGGCGUCAUAGCUGGAGAUGU